AUGACGGCCAUUGCCGCCUCGGGCGGCCAGGUUAUGUUCAUCCCCAAGGACGGGAACUCGUACUUCUACGAGUCGUUCAACUGCCAGCAGGCCGUGACCGACGGCUAUGGCGGCAUCCAGUUCACCGUCUCGGGCCCCGCUGGCGGCUCGUUCGCGCUCGAGCUGCAAAGCACGGACAACUGCGCCAACGGUAAUGCGACCUACAGGAGCUCCUACAACAUCAUCGGGAACUUGACCGGGCAGCUGCAGACCGUCAACGUCCCCCUGGAUGGCUUCGACAACGACCCGAACUACGACGCCAUCGUCGGCCUGGUCUGGUCCGGCUUCUCCCAGAACGGGAUCCAAUGGUCGAUCGGGAACAUCACGUUUGUCUGCGGGACUGUGGCCUCCUCUCCUCCGUCGACCACAUCGGUGUCGACGAGGUCGACCAUUCCGCCCACAACCGUCCCGACCACCUCGCCGCCCGCGACCACCUCGCCGGCGGGAAAAUGCUCGAACCUGCUGAUCGACGACUGGGAGUCCCAGUCGCGUCUGACCUUCCUGGGCUACAACGCCAUGAACCAGGCCUCGAGCGACGACGGGACCAUGGCGUCCAUCGUCGUCAGCGGCCACAGGGUCAUGCUGACCCCAAAGGACACCGACUCGUACUUCUACAGUGAGUUCGGCUGCCUGAACGUCAACACCACGUACGGCGGCAUCGCGUUCCGCAUCCGCGCCGCACGCGGCACGACCUUCGAUGUGACCAUGGGCUACACCACCUCGUGCGGGGCCAACAGCAGCGAUCCCAAGACGGUCACAUUGACAUCGGCGCAGCUCAAGUGGAACUUCGACGGCAUCGAGAGGCUCUACUGGUUCCCGUUCUCGGUCUUCAAGGGGAUCGACACCACGAAGCUCUACAUGAUCUACUUCAGCAACUUCAACGCCCCCGUCAUCUUUGGACCCAUGUCCUUCUACUGCGGCUCGACCGCGUCCGAGUACGUGGUGCCGGCGACCCCGCCGGGGAGCCCGGCCAUCACGCGGUCCGCCGUCUCGGAGCCGGCGCCGGAUGCCAAGGGGUUCGUGAUCGACAACUUCGCCAACCAGGACACGAACGCGCUCGGGGAGUGGCACGGCAUCGACGAGGACGGCAUGACGGUCACGUUCGGCAACAACCGCAUGACCAUCAGCGCCAACGACUCGGACGCGUCCUGGGACACGCAGCUGAGCAGCAAGUGCGCGGACCUGAGCGCCUACGCGGGCGCCUACCUGCACAUCGCCUACUCGGGCAGCAACAAGUUCACCGUCUCGCUGCAGCAGCACAACGCGCAGUGCAACGAGAGCAUGCAGCCGUUCCCGGAGACGUGGGACUCGCUCGAGGCGGCGCGCUACGCCUCGGCCAGCGACAUCUACAUGCCGCUCAGCCACUUCAACGUCAACCUCACGCGCCUGGUGCCGAGCAAGCUCGCCUCGGGCCGGCUCGUCUUCGCCUGCACGCGGCCGGACUCGUUCGCGUUCGCCAUCGACGACGGCGACCCGCAGCUGGCGCCGCGCGUCAUGGAGAUCGUCAAGCAGGCCGACAUCCCCGUGACCUUCUUCACGGUCGGGCUGCCGCUGCUGGACCCGAGCAGCGGGCUGGCCGACAUCUACAAGGAGAUGGCGUCGCGCGGGCACCAGAUCGCCCUGCACUCGUACACGCACCCCAAGAUGGAGGGGCUGCCCGACACGGCGUCGAUCGACUGGGAGUACAACAACGACAUCGGCGCGACCAAGCAGGUCUUCGGCGCGUCCAACCGGGCCGUGCACCUGAACUACUUCCGCCCCCCCUUCGGCACCGAGGGCGCGCGCAUGCGGCAGCGGCUGGCCGCCAACCUGGACGACCCGAACCCGUACAUCAUCCAGUGGAGCGUCGACGUGGAGGACUGGCUCUGGGCCAUGACCGACACGCCGGGGAAGCAGCUCGACGCCUUCAAGCGCGACGUCGCCAAGGGCGGCAACCUCGUCGUCAUGCACUACCUCUACAACUCCACCGUCGAGCUGCUGCCCGAGUUCAUCAAGGUCGCCAAGGCCACCGGCAAGCGCCUCAUGCGCGUCGACCAGUGCCUCGAGGACCCGCGCGCCCCGCCGCUGUCGUAG